AUGUUUCGUUCAUUAAGCAUAAAUAGUUGCAAACAACAGCCAUCAUUCCUACACUUUUACAAUUCAAAAUUAAAAUUGACAACAAAUACUGCCAAUUAUAUUCAUUAUUUCAGUAGUAGACAAUUUUCUACCCCUGUUCGAUAUACACCCAAGAAAUCGAACAAUAAUAGUGGCCUAGCAGCUGUAGUCUCAAAGCCCUGGAGUGAGUUAUCUACACCACAGAAAGUUGUUAGGGCUUCGAAAACAACAGUUAAUGUAGGCGUAAUUUUAACAGGAGUAGCCUUGACAUCAGCCAUUGUCUAUUACGUUGGAUCUGAACUAUUUAGUUCACAGAGUACAACAAGUAUCUUUUCUAAUGCAGUCGAUCGCAUUCGUGAUCAUGAAGGAAUAGUAUCAGUAUUGGGAGAGCCUAUUAAGGCUCACGGUGAACCUAGUAGAAAUGGUAGAAGACGUAAUAGACGUAUUGCCUCUCAAAUAGUUGAAGAUAGACAACAACAACCUCACUUAUUCAUGCGAUUUUAUGUAGAAGGGCCCAAGAAUCAAGGCACUGUCAUGGUUGAAAUGAUCAAGGACGAAAAGAAUAAAUGGGAAUAUAAACAGCUUUUUGUUGACAUACCAGGUCAAGGAUUACCCUCUAAACGUAUUUAUUUAGAACAGCAUUAA